CGCUGAUUCGGGCCAGUAAUUUCAAUCGAUAUUUUCGUUUCAAAAUAUGGAGUAGACAAUUUUCGUAUGGUUUUUAUUUCUGCGGGUGAAAUAAGUAGGAAACAAACGCAAUACAUUUUGCUUCAGCAAAACUUUAUCGGGUAACGACACAGUGCCUGUGGAAAGUGAAGUGUGAAAGUGAAAAAGAUUCGGAUUCAUAAAAUGGAAAAGGAAUAAAUUUGUUGGAUAAGGUAACCGUACAGGAACAUAACAUCGAAGAGAACUCAUAAUACAACUGUUCACAUUUCGGUUUUUUGUACGUCCAAAUGAUAUUUCGUGAAUACGAUGUCCGACGAAUCAGAAGAAGCUUGUUUGGUUAGACCCAGAUCACCAUCGCUGUCAGGGGCUCCUGCUGGAACAAUGCAGUAUACACACGGACUUACGGGUUCACAGCUGCAAGCUCAUAACAAUACCAACAACAGUAACCACCAUUCCACCCAUAGUCAAGGGUCGCAUUCAACGGCCCGUGGUUCCCAAUCGGAGUCAGGUGAACUGAUUGAUUACAGUGAUGAUGUUAUCCUUAGCCAAUUCCACGCGGACGCCAUCAAACAAGCGGGUUUUGGAAAAUUUCAAUUGAUUGCUUCCAUUAUAACCGGACUCGGUCUAGCAGGUCAUGCCAUCCAGGUGUACGCAGUGUUUUACAUAAUUCCCUCGGCUGAGGUAGAGUACUGUAUUUUGGACACAGAAAAGAAUUGGCUCGGCUCAAUAACGCUGGUAGGAAUGGCCCUCGGAGCAUUAUUAUGGGGCGGGCUUGCAGGUCGUGCGGGUCGGAGGAAAUCCCUUCUAAGCUGUCUUGCGGUUUGUGGCGUAUUCUCGGUUAUAGCUGCAUUUAUGCCAACCUACGGCCCCUUCAUGAUGGCCAGGUUUUGCGCAGCAGCAGGAAUUGGUGGAGCAUUACCUACAGCAUCCGUGUAUUUGUGCGAAUUGACACCAGUCAAUUUUAGAGCACGGAUUCUAGGUCUCUUGGGGGCAUUUGGAGUAGCAGGAGGUUUGGUUGCCGGGGCGAUUGCUACCAGUACCGUUCCAGCAACUGGGCAAAAGGUGGUGCUAGAAAACAAGGAGCACUUUAGUGCUUGGCAUCGUUAUUUGCUGCUCAGCACACUGCCAACAUUUGCGUCAAUUCUCGGGCUUUUCUGGUUACCUGAAUCACCGCGAUAUUUGUUGGAAAACUCUAGAGAAGUGGAGGCGUUGACUAUAUAUCAGAAAAUAUAUCAAAACAAUCGAACCCGUGGAGGUUAUUCCCUAACUGAACUGGAACUACCUGGCACUAGAACACAUCGCAAUCUACCCACAUCAGUAUUGCAGGAAAUGGCGACAAGUAUUACUCUAUUCUUUGGAAGCUUCUUUCAGCUAUUCAAUGUAGUCAAUUUGAAAAGGACACUGCUACUAUUUGCUGCUUGGACGGCAACCAUCUUCAUAUAUCACGGCUUGACCAUUUAUAUAGCAGAAUAUUCGAAAAGCACGGAAUCGGAAAACUAUUAUCGCAAUACGAUCAACAAAGAUAACAUGUCGUUUGAGAAUGCAGAUUUUAACAAAUCAAUCGAAAACAUAAUUUACACAAAUUGCCGCUUUGUGAACUGCACUUUCAGAAGAAUGUUUAUCAGCCACGUGACUUUUAACAAUUGUACCUUCUUAGACACCGAAUUUACCAACGUGAAAACAAGUCGCACGCAGUUCAAAUUUAGCACUUUGGAAAACGUUGGGCUUAUCGACACGGAUCUAACAGAGCGCCAUUUCGUUGAUUGUGUGAUGAACAACAUAACUACGUUACGGUUAUAUUCAACAUGUGAUCGAGAUUUUGAGUACAACAUCUAUUUGGACGCGUUGUGGAAAUCUCACUUCGGAGCACUGUUGCCUGGCAUGGUUUUUAUGAUACUAGUAGGAGAAGGAUGCCAUCGAUUUGGUCGAAGUAGAACAGCAACACUGUGCUUUGGGUUUGCAAUAAGUUUGACCAUAACUUUUGCGUUCCUGUAUCAUGAUCUCCAGGUUGUUUGGACAGCGGGUUCUGCACAAGGACUCAUGUUGGCUGGGAUUGCAGCAUUGACGUUAUUGGCGAUCGAAAGCUAUACCACCAAUUUAAGAUGUACCGCGGUGGGCUUUUUCGUCUGUGGAGGACAUAUUGGGGCCAUGAUGGGGGCCCCAUUGUACGCAGCGUUUCCGGUGACCUCCUCGAAAGUAGCAGCAAUAAUCUCGACCAUCUUUCUAAGUGUUCCCAUUUCUUCGGCCAUUAUUCUUAAGGACCCAUGCCUGCUCCUAUGAGUGAAACAUCAAACCUUUUCCAUGCAACACCACGAUCUUCAGAGGGCUAUCGAUGUAAGGCUAAAUGCACAUAGCGAAAGCUUGUGUUUCAUAUGAAGUGCAUAGGGUGUGUACAAUGUGCAGGAGAUGGAAGGUGGAGAGGGAUUUUUGUUUGCGAACUGAAUUGUGAUAUUUCCAUUGUUAACUUAUUUUGUCUAUAUUUUACUCUAACCAAGCGCCUAUUUUAUGUAAUUGUUAUAAGUAUAUUAUUUUGCAAAUGAUAAUCAGAGACUUUAAACUUUGCUGUAUACAUCCAUUAUUUCGAGCUUAAUUAGUAAAAGCAUUGUACGAACCCCUCUUGGUAAUUAGUCCUUUAGAAAUCAAAUGAUAGAUUACGAUUAUGAUAGAGAUGAAGAGAUAAUAGCUCGACAGUGAAUAAAUAAUUUGCUCGACAGUUUAAACAGCCGUUACUCAAACUUCACGCUUGAAAAAAGUUUAUACAACUGUUGUUCAUUCAAUUCUGACAUCAAUUAUUGCGUUUUUGACUUCCAACUAUGAAUAGAUCAGUUAUUGCUGGGGUCAGUGAGAAAAAAGGUUGUCGUGGACGACUUCCUUUUUCUAACGAAUGAUUUUUAAUCGGUUUUAUCAAUCUAAACUUACUCGUUAUCUAUGGAAUAAACUGCUCUCCGUAUCGAUGCUUCUGUUCAAAGAACAAAUGCAUUGUACAAGACUCCACAAUUCGUAUGCGUAA